AAUUUUUAUUUAAUGUUUCCUACGCAUCGUCUCACCAAACUAGUUAAAGUUUAAACUGUCAUCUUGCAAAGCCUAAAAAACCCCAACCCACAACUCUGAACACAAGCACAGAAACCAUGGCCUCCUCCAUAGAACACAGAACCAUUAAUGUCAAUGGCAUUAAUAUUCAUGUAGCAAUCAAAGGUCCAGAGAAUGCCCCAGUUAUUCUCUUCAUCCAUGGAUUCCCUCAACUAUGGUAUUCCUGGAGACACCAGAUUGAGGCUCUAUCCUCACUUGGCUACAGAGCUGUGGCACCGGACUUGAGAGGGUAUGGUGACACAGAUGCGCCAGCUGAGGUUACAAGUUACACCGUUCUCCAUGUGGUUGGUGAUUUGAUUGGGUUGCUUGAUGUUGUUGCUCCGAAUCAAGAGAGUGUUUUUGUUGUGGGACAUGAUUGGGGUGCUUUGAUGGCUUGGCAUUUGGCUUUGUUUAGACCAGAUAGAGUUAAAGCUUUGGUUAACUUGAGUGUUUUGUUUAAUCCAAGGAAUCCCAGUAGGAAAGUUAUUGCGACUUUGAAGGCUGUUUAUGGUGACGAUUAUUAUAUUAUCAGAUUCCAGGAGCCUGGAGAGAUUGAAGCUGAGUUUGCAGAGAUAGGUACAGAGAAAGUUCUCAAGGAAUUCUUAACCUACCGCACUCCAGCUCCUCUCUUUUUACCUAAAGGCCAAGGGUUUAAUGGAAAGCCUCUGGACACUCCAGUUGUCUUACCCUCUUGGUUGUCUGAAGAAGAUGUCAAGUACUACACCAGCAAGUAUGAGCAGAAAGGCUUUACUGGAGGAUUGAACUAUUACCGAAAUCUUGACCGGAACUGGGAACUUACCGCACCAUGGACUGGAGCUCAAAUAAAAGUUCCAGUCAAGUUUAUCGUGGGUGAUCAGGACCUCACCUAUAAUUCUCUCGGUGCCAAGGAUCAUAUAGCCAAGGGCGGGUUCAAAAGAGACGUUCCAUUUCUACAUGACCUAGUUGUAAUGGAAGGUGUGGGUCAUUUUAUCAAUGAAGAGAAACCUGAAGAGAUCAGUAAGCACAUUUACGACUUCUUUCAAAAGCUCUAGUUCGCUUGCUUGAUUUCCCUUCUGUUGUCCUUGCUGAGGAGAUAAAGAAGGCAAGUGUGUGCAUUCGUAUGUUCAAGGCUUGCAUGCUCCUGUGGGGUUUUGAUUAUUUGAAUGGGAUGUUCUUGCGGUGAGUUACUACUGUAAUGGUUGCUGUAAUUUCCAUAUGCGCUCAAAAUAAAUCAUGUGUGUGAUUGUUUCGUGCCCAACAUUUGACUGGUGAAUUGAUUGCUCAGAGCACAAGCAUGCUGCGAUGUGACAUAUUUCUUCACAGGGCCAUUUCAUUUUCUGCAUCAUUUAUAUAUUCAGUAUUGCUUCAA